GGACGCCGCCCUUUGUCGCUUCCUUCGUACGUUGCCAUCAACGCCCACUGUGGCUGUGGCUUGGACAGAGAGCACUCGUGAACUGCAAAAUAUUGAAGCUUAAACAAAGUCUGAUACUUUGAGCGUCCGUGCGAGCACGAAAGCACCUUGAUGUUUCCAACGAGAACGUCUUCAGUGUUCAAAGGUCUUUAAGGCCUACACCAUGUUGUCCACAUUCGUUGCACUUGUCGCACUCUUCUCGGCCUUUCUUUUUUGGUGGGUGCGACGGACGUUCACAUUUUGGAACGGCCGAGGCCUAGCACAUCUGACUUUCUGGCAGUACCUCCGCUUCGUCUACGACAUCUACACCAAGCCAGUACACGAAGUAAUCCGCAGUUCCUAUAAUCGAUAUGGUCGAUUGUACGGUUCCUACCAAGGCAUGGUGCCUACUCUAGUGGUUGGAGAUCCCGACAUCUUGCGGGAGGUUCUGACCACGAAAUUCCAGAACUUUGCAGACAGAACGUUAGCACAGACCGUGGGAAGUGAUGUUUGGAAGAAGUCCAUCUUUAACCUGUCAGGUGAGGAGUGGAAGAAAGCGCGAGCCAUCUUCACCCCGGCACUCACCGCAUCAAGGUUGAAAACGAUCUUGAACAAAGUAAGAGUCAUUUCCGGACGGAUGACAUCACGGGUCAUGGACGCGGCUACUAAAAACAGGCCUGUGAACUUCUAUGAACUUGCCAGCAACACGGCCCUUGAAAUUACAGCUGCUUUGAACUAUAGUGUCGACAUCGACAGCAAUGACAAGAAUCAUCCCCUUAUGAAAUGUAUUGAAGCCAUUUACAUGGGUUCAAGUGGAUGGAGAAUCAUAAUGUUAUUUCUCAUGCCGACUGUGUACAAGAUUCUGCAACCUGAUUAUCCCCCUAAGUCAAGUACUGAUGUAUUCAAGUCAUUUGUCUCGCACUUGAUUGAAGAAAGGAAGUCAAAAAACAAGGAAGAAGACGACUUCCUUCAGGUGUUUAUGAAUGCUGACUACAACUGGGAAGAUAACGCAGCAAAUAAAGCCGAGAAUGCUGACACUAGGAAAAUGUCACUUGAAGAGAUAACAGCCCAAGGGAUAGGAUUCUUCGUUGCUGGAGUAGAGAGCGUCACGAUGGCCCUCAGCGUUACCACUUACUACCUGGCCCUUAAUCCUGAUUGUCAAGACAGGGUCAUUGCAGAAAUAGACAACGCGCUCACAAAGGGGGAACUCACGUACGAUGCUCUGCAGGAGAUGCCGUAUUUCGAUGCUUGCUUCAAGGAGGCAAUGAGGCUUUGCACUCCCGAUUCAAUAAAUAUGAGGCUUUGUACAGAGGAAACUACGGUGGCUGGAAUCCACUUCAAGCCGGGCAUGUGCGUCGACAUUCCCAUGGCCGGAAUCCACCAUGAUCCGGAAUAUUUUCCUGAACCGGAGAAGUUCAAUCCAGAGAGGUUCAUGCCAGAAAACAAGGAUGCCUUGAGGCCUUUCACGUAUCUGCCGUUUGGGGCCGGACCACGUAAUUGCAUCGGCAAGCGUCUUGGCUUGGUCCAAGCGAAGACAACUCUAGCUUGUCUGCUUCAGCAGGUUAAGUUUGAGGUUUGCCCAGAAACAUCGGUGCCACCAAAGUUCAAGGCGGGACAACUUAUUCCCUUCUUCGACGGGGGAUUGUAUCUUCGGGCAGUGCCUCGCCAGAAAUCUGCUAACGAUGCUUGUUAAUAAUGUAAGAUUCAUUUCACGUAAGCUGCGACAGAACCACUUUGACUCUGAGAAAAGAAAUGUACGCAUGCAAUCGAAGUUCAAUUCGGAAACAAUGGUUCUUCCUCUUGCACAGGAGAGGACACAAAACAUUUGACUCGUUUGAAGUGUGUCGACAUUGUUGGCACUUAUGUUUUGCUGCUAAGAAAUGCAUUUUGUGACUACUUGCUUUCAGCUAGUCCAAACUGAUUCUAUCUUGCGUGUACUUUACAAUUUCCCGUGACAAAUUGAUGCACGCCGUUCGCAGUUUGUUCUCACUGACUGAACGUAUUCCAAUGACAUCUUUGGAUGUUAUACUUUUAAAUAUUCACAAUUGUUCAGUUUUCAAUGCAUCUGGCAUUUCUGAUGUUGUAUGCUGAUCUUAUAUGAAAAUAUAA